AUGGGUCUUAAUGGUCAUCUUGUUAUUACACCACUAACUGAUCGAAUUUAUCUAACAGUUACACAAGCUUUGUCAAUGUUUCUUGGUUGUGCACCAGCCGAAUCAGCAGGUACUGGAAAAACAGAAUCAAUUAAAGAUCUUGCUAAUACUAUUGAUCUUCUUUGUGUUGUUACUAAUUGUGGUGAAGUUUCGACUCAAGUAAAAAGUAUUCAACAAGCAUUAUCAUUACAUGUUAAACAAUUUUUUUUUGGACGCGAUGAAAUUCAACUUCUAUCAACUGUUGAUAUAUUUGUAACAAUAGAUCCAGGUUAUGCUGAUCGAACAGAAUUACGUGAAUCAGUUAAAACUUUAUUUCGACCUGUUGCUGUUGUGUAA